AUUCAUCGCCACAUGGCAAAUAGCCAAAUAGUGCUGCAAUUCCCGGGUCUGUAAUUCUGUAUGAUACCUUUCUUCUACUCUUCUCAUCUUCAAUCGUUGAAAACCCUAGCUCACUCUCCAUCAAUUCGUCGUUCAAAGUCAAGAGUGCAAUGUCAAACCCUGAUGAUGUUAAACAAGUCGGUGGAGAUGUGUCGAUGGACUGUGAUAACUCAUCAAAUCAGAAAGAGGAGGAGGUAAUAAAAAGGAAAUAUGGGGGAAUCGUACCUAAGAAGGCACCACUCAUUUCUAAGGAUCAUGAACGUGCCUAUUUUGAUUCUGCUGAUUGGGCUUUGGGAAAGCAAGGUGCAGAGAAACCUAAAGGACCCCUGGAGGCACUUCGGCCCAAGUUGCGGCCAACACAGCAACCAACGCGAUAUCGUAAAUCUCCUUGUGCUCCCUCGGAAGGAGAAGAGGCAAGUAAUGAUCCAUCUGAGGACACAACCACAAAUGGAUGAGAGGCCAAUUCUGCUCUGUGAGCUUAUCAGGGAUAUACAUUGUUUGUCCAUUGAUAUUCAGAUAGUCAUAAAUGUGAGACAUCUUUCGCUGUUUUAUGAAUAAAUUUUACAGCAACUUCUGAAAUGGCUCAAACAAAAAGUGAUUUAAAGCCAGAUUCCAUUUGUGUCUGUCUGUUGUGGAAGAAUUUUACUUCAAAUACCAGUUGUUGCUUUGAUUGUAGAGAUUGGCUUUAGAACUAAAAGGCAUCUUUGUUAUAUAAAAGAAAAUUGAUUCAGAACUUCAA